CAACGAGACUCCAGUCACACGUAGGGAGUUGAGAAAGUUAAAAAGUGAAAAGUUUUAUAACGGAAUAGAUUGUGCUAGUAGUAAUAAGGGUAUACGACGAUAAUAAAAAUCAACAUCUCACAUUGUACCGACGACAAAACUUUGGUCCAGUUUUUAAACAAUGAUGCUGUGUCUCUAGAAUAACUGGAUAAUAUAAUAUAGAGAGGCGAUAAACAGAUGCCUGUGAUAUUUGUUCGAACCCCUAUUACUAGUGGAUAAUCUGUGCUACAAACUAUUUUACAUUCUGGUGUUUACUGAAUUAUAAGAACAAUAAUUUUUCAAGGAAACGGUAUAGAGUUUUGUCGUUUUUUGGUUAAAACUUUUUAAUAAAGGAAACUUACGAUCCACCAGGGGAAAAGGAAUAUAAUUAAAGAGUUUUAAUGGACACUGUGCACGAAGAAAACAGCCCACCUCCUUCUCCAAACCCAGAUGUCGACAAUCGGAGAUAUUCUUUGCACACCCCACCUCCAUUACCCCAAAUUUGCAUAAACAAUGAACAACUAUCGAGCUGUAAUCCAUCUCGAAGAUGUUCAGAUGUACACAAUGAAACGCCAAGUAAUUCUAGAAGAGCCUCAGCUAUUAUUCAAGCACUCAGACGACCGUCUCAAGUUAUAGCUCUGUCAGCGGCUCAAGCUAUAAUGAGUCAAAGAAGAUAUAUUAUGGGGUUAUUUAACGAUCCCAGUGAAAUAACAAGAAAAGAGGAUAUAGAUGUAAGGGAACAAAGAAAAAUUAAAAGAAACAGAAAACAUGGAAAUGAUGCUCUGUCUAUUAUAUUAUCGGCUCUAUAUGCAAAACUACUGGUGGUAUUGGGAAUGGCAUUUCCAAUAAUACAAGUUAUUUCAAGAAAUAUUACACCCUUCUAUUACCAAGGAUUCUACCUCUAUCUUUACUUAGGAAGCAUAGCAUUUGUGACUUACAUGUAUGCCACUUGGGUUAAAGAAAAAGCGCUUGUAGAUAUGAUUAACAGUUAUGGCAAAGAAAAAAUGGAUCUAAUUAAAAAGGAACCCAGUCUGGCACCAAAAUACGGAAGUUUCUAUUUAAGGCUGGGAGCAAUUGCAUUUGGAAUAGGCAGCAUGGUAUAUUCAGGACUAGAAUUUGGUCGAUACUUCGAACUCAAAAGUAAUCCUGAAUGCAGCAAUCCCAACAUCCUUCAGGCCAUAACUCCCGUUACGAGGAUGGUCCUUACGCUGGUUCAAGUCCAGUUUAUAUUUCUUAAUAGCAAGGAUAUUGAAUUUAAUAAACACAAGUUGGUCGCCAGAUUUGGUAUCAUGCACAUGAUAGCAACAAAUCUCUGUGAAUGGUUAUACGUUUUAGUUGAAGAGACUAAACACGAAAUUCAUCAUUUGGCAGAGCACAGGAACUCUUCAAAUCUUGCAAAUAAGACACGAAAUUGCCAGGAGCAGGUUAUGAGUACCCUAGUAACUAAUGCCAGUCCUUUUUUGUUUCCUUGUACUAUCGAGUACAGCCUUAUAUGUGCUGUCAUACUCUUUGAAAUGUGGAAAAAAGUCAGAAUGAUGGAGAAUACAAAAGACGUCGAUAAAGACAAAAAUGUUAGAUUUACCACCUCUCGCAAUAAAGUUUCAACGCACUUUAGAUUUAAUCAAUAUGGAGGAAGAGUAGUAAAUUCAAAUCAUCAUUUUACAAUUGACUGCUCAAAUGCCCAUAAAGGCUUAUUUGCAGGAAUAUUAGUAAUUGUUUUAACAAUAAUAUCGCUUAUCAUGUUCUUUGUACUAACUAAUACAAAAAACAAUACUGGAAGAGUUGCAAUAUUCGAAGUUAACGUCGUCGAACUGAUAAUCUACGUCGUUACGAGUUUGGCAACCGUAGUCGCCAUGUUGAAAAUGCGACAUCUGAAAUACGACCGUAAAAUUGGCCACGAAGGAAAACAGCACAGGAAUAGGCCUAGACUGCACCCUGCUGGUAGUAGCCCAAACUGGAAUGUUCAUAUACUGCGUGUUCUCCAUUAUCGGUUGCUGCUUCGCAAAAGACGCUAACAACGAAGUAGAAAUGAUAGCAGAAAUUUUUUCCUUCAUUCAAACCUGCAUACAGACUAUUUUUGUUUUGGACGCUUGGUGGAGAAGAUGUAGAAGCAUUGAACAAGUAAAAUAUAAGCCAGGAAGGGAGAUUAUUACUUUUUUGAUAGUCGCCAAUAUGGCGCUGUGGGCCAUAAAUACUUUGGAGAAAAAUAGAGCUGAGUUCAGGCCGUCUCAUUUGGAUUUCUUUGGAGACUGGGCGUGGACUAUAAUUACGCAUAUUUCUAUGCCCUUGGCUAUUUUUUACAGGUUUCAUUCGACGAUUUGCUUGUUUGAAGUUUGGAAGACUGCAUAUAAGAUUAAAACAAAGUAUGAUACGCAAUUAUUCCCACUUAUGUAGUAAAUAAAUUAUGUAGAUAAGUGUACUCGAAAAUUACAUUUAAUAGUCAAUAAAAAGUGAUAUUAUUAUAUUUCUUAUUAUUUGUCGUUGUGUUAUAGUAAACAAGUAAAAAGAGACUCUCAAAAUAGUUCAGUAUUUUUUUAUAUAGGUCCAACUCAUUUUCAAU